AUGGCAGACGAACCGAUCUGGCUCUUUUCGAAUGGCUCCUCCAUCUCCUUCAGAUUGGCCAAAAGUCUAAUGUCGCUCAACCACUUUCUCGUCCAAGGCUUCCACCUUGUCGUGGUUGCCGUGGAACAGCGACAAGAACGAGGCCUGGGUUCCGGUGGUUCCCUUGACACCACGGAGUCCCAGAUCGUCUCUGGCACGCUGCAUGUUUCUGAGAUCCCAGAGCAGCUCCUGGAUCCACAAGGUGGCUCUUUUUCCAACAGUAGUGAGCUGGGCAGGCUGGAAAUGGGUCCAUCCCAAGACCGGCAGGUCUUUGUAUUGCAGGGCGAACUGGGCCAGUCUGUUGAUCACGUUCACCAACUUUGGGAUCAGCACGUCGUAGGCGUCUCUCAGGAAAAUGAGAUCGGCAUUAUCAGUGACAUAGCACGAGGUGGCUCCCAGAUGGAUGAUUCCGGCAGCAGCAGGACAGGUGGACCCGAAAACAUGGACGUGGGCCAUCACGUCGUGUCUUACAAUGGCCUCCUCUUUUUUGGCAGCCUCGAUCUCCUCGUCGGUGAUCUCGAGGUGCUUGGACAUCUGCUCAAUAGCUUCGUCAGUGACCACAGAAAGACCGAGAGAUUGCUCGGCGAUAGCCAGGUUGUACCACAGCUUUCUCCAGGUGGAGAAUCUGUUACGCAGAGAGAAGAUCUGGGACAUCUCCUUCGACGCGUACCGCGACGACAGAGGGGUGGAGUAGUCCAGCACCCCCCACGUCUCCACCAGUGCUCCUGCGCUUCGCCCCUUUCACCACCUUCCAUUCCUGCUCCAGUUUUAAAAACCAACCCCUCCUCGCACCACCAGCCUGUACCUGCCUUAGCAAAUUUCAUCUUGUUUAUUCUUAGCAUGUCGUCUCAAACAUCCACUGUUCCCAACGGGACUCUCAAGCCGGAAAUGCCUGUUUCCGACAAGAAGAACAGAAAGCUGCGCAAGAAGGCCUCGCGUCCGCAGCCGGUGCUCAAGUUCGCCUGGAUCGGCGGACAUGUGGCCACAAUCAUCUUCAGUCUUGUGUACCUGGCCUACUACGUUACUCGCAAGUCGCACAAGCUGUUGAUCCCUAGAAUCUGCUACAGAUUAUCGUUCACCGGGGUCUGGAUCAGCUACAGCGUUGCCAUUGCGUCGCAAUUCAACAGAAAGUCGCUUCCUUCGUACUUCACUCUCAUGGCGACAGAAAACUUCCAGUACUUGGUGCUUUCUGUUGCGUGGUUCUUUGGCCGGUCGUCGUUCUUCAAGCUGGCUCCCUACAUCUUGAUCUCGACGCUGCAAUUGGCCAGCCACUUCCACAUCAAACCGAUCCUCAAGGCUGACAGCUUGUUUGAAAAAGCAAUUUUGUACGACCAGAUCUUUGUGUUUGCGGUUUUGGUGGUGGACACUCUGCUCAUGAGAGGCAACUCUGGGUUCGGUCUGGUGAUCUACGCCAUGUUCUUCUGGCUCAGAUUGCUGUACAGUGAGGACACCCGGUUCUUCCUGUACUCUGUGAUCAACAAGCUCGACUCGGUCAUGUCCAAACAGAAAAACCCAAAGGUCGUGGAGACCUGGAGCGAGGUUAAGAAAUUCCUCAGUAUCAGACAGUCCAAGUUCGAGUCCGAGUACUUGGCCCAGUAA